UUGGGAGACUACAUUUGGCCGCUGUCCAGAGAGAUAAGUGUGAUCGGUUGAAUGUUGUCCUUGUUUUGCUUUUUCUUUUUUUUUUUUAUGAGGUAGACAGGAUGUCCUACCCUCCAGAGCGUCAUUGGUGAUUGGAUUUAAAGGGUUGCACACCUCUGAAUGAAUGACCCACUGGCUUCAAGGAUACCUCAAAGAAACUUUUUUUCUAUUAUUCAUUUACGGGAUGUAUGUUCAAUGACACUCCGGUUCUCUCUUUGACUAAUUUCUGGAAUAUUUAACUUGAAGAGUUUCGUAUUUGUCUCAUUAUUUAACUGUAUAUUGCUGAACUGGUCCCUACUUGGCAGCUGAAACAUGGCACUUUAUGUACAAGAUCUGAGUAAAGCAGUGGCCAACGGAGGGAUGGCUCAGUUCCAGGAAAUGAUGCGGCAGCAGCUGGAGAGCUCCAUGCACACCGAGCUGGAGAAACUGCUGGACACCACCACAGGGGCCGAGAGAGAGGUGUCCAAGAAAGACUUUGAGGGCUUCAAGAAUCUUUUCCACAGAUUUCUGCAGGUGAAAGGACCAUCGGUAGAAUGGAUCAAGAUACAAAGACCUCCAGAGGACUCAAUCCAGCCGUACGAUAAGAUCGCAGCUCGAGGCCUCCCAGACAACGUGGCUGACAGCUUGAACAAACUGGUGGUGGUGAAGCUGAAUGGAGGCCUGGGCACCAGCAUGGGAUGUAAGGGCCCCAAGAGCCUGAUCAGCGUCCGCAACGAGAACACCUUCCUGGACCUCACUGUGCAGCAGAUUGAGCACCUGAACAAGACCUACAACACAGAUGUGCCCUUGGUCCUCAUGAACUCCUUCAACACAGAUGAAGACACAAAGAAGAUCCUGCAGAAAUACACACACCACCGCGUCAAGAUACACACCUUUAACCAGAGCAGGUACCCUCGCAUCAACAAAGAGUCCCUCCUUCCUGUGGCCACAAGCUUGACCAUGACUGGGCAAAACACAGAAGGCUGGUACCCUCCAGGUCACGGCGACAUCUACGCCAGCUUCUACAACUCAGGCCUGUUGGACCAACUGAUUGCACAGGGCAAGGAGUACAUCUUUGUGUCUAACAUCGACAACCUGGGAGCCACCGUCGACCUCCACAUCCUGCACCACCUGGUCAGCCAGCCCAACGGCAAGCGCUGCGAGUUCGUCAUGGAAGUGACAGACAAGACGCGUGCCGACGUCAAGGGUGGCACACUGAUCCAGUAUGAAGGAAAACUGCGUCUGCUGGAGAUCGCCCAAGUGCCCAAGGCCCAUGUAGACGAAUUCAAGUCAGUUUCAAAGUUCAAGAUCUUCAACACAAACAACUUGUGGAUCUCUCUGGCUGCUAUCAAGAGGCUGCAGGAACAGAAGGCAAUGGACAUGGAGAUCAUAGUCAACCCCAAGACACUUGACGGUGGACAGAAUGUCGUCCAGCUGGAGACAGCGGUCGGCGCAGCCAUCAAAUGUUUCGACAACGCCCUGGGAAUAAACGUACCUCGCAGCCGCUUCCUGCCUGUUAAAACCACGUCGGACCUGCUGCUGGUCAUGUCCAACCUGUACAGCCUGGAGGCCGGCUCUCUCACCAUGAGCCCCAAGAGAGAGUUCCCAACAACGCCACACGUCAAACUGGGCAGCUCCUUCACCAAGGUUCAGGAGUACCUGACCCGCUUCGAGAGCAUCCCAGACAUGCUGGAGCUCGACCACCUGACAGUAUCAGGAGACGUCACCUUUGGGAAAAACGUCUCGCUCAAGGGCACCGUCAUCAUCAUUGCCAACCACGGAGAUCGCAUCGAUAUUCCGGCCGGCUCCAUGCUGGAAAACAAAAUCGUGUCCGGCAACCUCCGCAUCCUGGACCACUGAGGCCUUUUUCAUCCCACCCCACUCCAUCAUGUGACGUAGUCGGCUUUAUCCCAGUCAUGUGACCCAUUUGUCAUGUUUACACGACACCAACAGAUUGUGAGAGGAAGAGGCUUUUUCCUGAAGGCUGUGUGUGAUUGCAUGUGCAGUGCUACUCUGCAGUCUCAACAUUAGCAGUAGUUUACAUGGUUGGUUGUUGGGAGUGUUUGUAGCUUACACAUACUGCCCUCUAUAGGCUGUUUAUUAUAUAACACAAACCUUUAAUAGUAUUAAUAAUGAGCUAGUCAUAGCUGAAAAUAUAAUAGAGGGAAAAACAAUAGAUCAGAUUUUAUUUUAUUUUUCUUUUCACUGGUGAUUUUGACUGUUUACUGACCAGAAAAUAAACCUGCCAAAUAGACUCAUAAUAGAUAUUAAUAAGGAUACUAACACAUCAAAGAACAAAUGUGAUCAUUUUAUCAUCUUCAUCCUCAGUGUGCACUUACAGCACCGCUAAUGCAAUCACAUAGUGUACUUACAUAGAGAGGUAAAGUCAUGGUUUUUGAAGUUAUGGAGGACUUUUGACAGUUUAUUUCAAGCACAAAGACCAUGCUAUGGGACUCAACAUGGUUCUACAAUUCAGCUGUGAUAAGAUAUGUUCAAGUGAAAUAAUGUGCUCUUAUAUUUUGGCCAUUUAUCUAUUAUCUAUAUCUGGAGCUGGAGCCUGUCGCAGCUCUCCAGUCUAUCACAGACCUAAAAACAUACAAGUAUCACACUUCACAGGCAAUUUGGUUUCCAGUUCAGCUAACCUAAACUAUGGGAGAUAACCCCCCCCCCCCCCCCACACACACACACACACACACACACACAACCCUUCACUGAGCCACUAUAUUGUUCUGUGAUAAGUCAAAUUUUUAAAAAAGUGCUAAAAUGACUCCAAAACUGGCCUCAUGCCUCAGACAUAUUAUCCAUUCUAGACUAAUUGUAGAUGAUGUAAUCUGCCAAGAGUUGUCGUCGUCAUCCUGUCUCACCAAAAACAAUGAUCUUGGCUACCGCACAUUUAUGACUGAAUAAAUGAAUGAACAAAAGAAAGAAAUGUGACAAAGUGCAAUGGAAACAUACUUCAUGAUGUACUUAAAGCAUGUGGCUCCACUGAAGAGACUAAACACUGUGUCAGACAAAAUGUUCCUCAAAUGAAUAGAUGAAAACCAAAUCGGUCAUUUGAGGUUGUACUGGAGCUGUUUUAAUGGUCAUCUCACUGUGCUCUCUUCUUCUGUGAUGUUUAAUAGCACCUAGCUGGAGAAUUACCAGCAGCAGUGAAUGGAAACACGCAUUAAUUUUGAUUUUCUUUACUAACCUUGUCUGUGAUUUAGUGUUGGGCAGGUAGCAUACAGUGGGUUUAUUGGAUCAUUUUGCUGGAAACAGCUGCCUGGUGUGUCUGAAAACUGCACUGAUAAUAAUAAGAGACUUAACCAAAAACAUUGCAAGCUAGGAAACCAAAACAAUGAGCUUAAACAAACACACAGACACAGACACACACACACACAAAAACAAGCUCUUUAAAGCGGAGAUAAACUGCAGAGUCCAACCAUAACUAUCUGGGGUUAUCCCUACGAGCAGCACCUCUCACACACAAGUAGCCAUUUGAUCCAUCUUUAAAAUAAAAAUGUGAAUUAGUGCAGUGUUAACUUAAAAGUCACCAAACUUCGGGAAUCCAGUUUUGAACAGAACAACAGCACAUUAUGAAUUUGUGGAACCAUGUGGAAAUCAAGCCUGAAGUGAAGUCUGUGCUAAGAAAUAAAUUGUUAACCUUCUACCAGAGCAGUGACAACUAUGACUUCCACAUUACAGACCGUAGGACGUACUUCUACUGGAUAUAUUUACACCUCCAGUGUCCAGACUGGGACAGGAGUUUGUGCCAUAGAAGAGGAACUAACAUGUUACCCAGGUGAUGCCUGAACAACCUCCGUCUCCUUGUUCUGCCCUGUAGCUUUUGGACUGUAAUGAUCCAUAUCCAGGCAUGAGAACGAUGCCGUGAAAUUCUAUGUAAUAGUUGAAAUUCUAUCAUUUUAAAGUGAGGACCUUUAUUUGUACAGUCCCAGUGUGAUGCAGAUGAUUUAAAAAAUAUAUAUAUCACAUUGUGCAUUAUUUUGUGUUUUUAUCCAGUAUGUUUGUUCACGUUUUGACAUUCAUGUUGUAUGAAACCUCACGCCUCCAUUACUGUGUCAAAUCUCUCCUUUAUCCUCUGUCCACCCUGUCAUCCAGCGUUAACGCUUCACACAAAGCAAAAGACAGGACAUUUUAAAAACGUACGAAUUUCAGUGUGAGAAUUACUUGAGGUGAGUCCGAUGACGUGCGGACCGAGAGCCUGAAAGCAAUAAGUGUUGAUCUGUGACAGUGACGAGGUCUCAGCCCAGUCCAGUUCUGCCUCCUCGGAGCUGAAUAAAGUGCAAUAUGAAAUACUGA